CAGAAGAGGAAGAAUAAGCAUACGCCUGCGCUACGUUUUCUAUAUACUCUUUUCAAGUACUUGUGCGAAGCAAUAAUAAUAGAAGUAAUAGAAACUAAAUAUGUAGUUUUUUGUAAUAUUUAUUCAUGUAAUAUUUUAAAGUGAUUAUAUACAAAAAUUGUCUAAAGACAGUAGCAAAAAUGCGUAACAAUGAAAUAUUGACGAUAUAUUUGUUGUUAGUAUUAAUUUUAUGUGCAGAAGUGUAUAUGAUAAAUGCAAGACAUCUGAUUAAAAAGAGAAAUUAUAGCGAUCAAAGUGUAAGAGGUUAUUUAGCAGAGCGGACAUGUUGGUGGAAUGAAGUUUGUAAAGAAGAAUUUCACAGUAAAUUUCGAUGCCGUUGUCCAAGGUGGUCUUAUUGCCGUGCUCCUGGUAGAUAUUACGAUGCACAUUGUAGCAUGACACGUACAGGCUAUAUUUGGACUCAACCAGAAACUUCGUUAACUCUCGAAGUUAAUAAAUGAAUUUCUUUUUAUAAGUUUUUUCUAAAUUGCAUGUAUUGGAAAUCAAAAGUUCUCAAUAUAAAAUUUAUGUAAUAUUAUCUUAUAGAGGUUAAUUAAAUUUAAAUUAAUUUAAAUUUAAUUUUGUCAAUAAAUUUUAUUAUUGUUAUUGUGCAACGAAUAUACUUAGGAUAAAUAAUUACUAUUUAUUUCUUACUUAUUUUUAUUCUUUCCUCGUAUAUAUACAUAUUUUACUAUAUCUACAUAAUAAGUUAAAUAAACUUAAUUUUUUUUGCAUUUAAUAAAUUAUAAAUUAGAAAGAUUAAUAAUAGAAAAAUAUUUGUUACAAGUUUUUGUAUAAAUUGUAAAACAUAAGAUUUAUAAUGAUAUAUAAUAAAUUAUAUAAGCAUUAUUA